AUGUCAGCACCACAUACGAUGUUCUAUCGUGGAUAUGGGUUCGAAACAAGUCUCCCGAGUAUCAUUGUAUACUCAGUUGUGUCUCUGUUCACAAUUUCCGUGAAUCUUCUUUUGUGCGUUGCCUAUUGGAGGGAUCCUUUUCGCGAGCUUCAAGCCGUUCAGAACUACUACAUAUUGAAUUUAGGACUUGCGGAUCUCAUCAUGGGCACCCUUUCGGAGCCUCUGCUGAUAGCCACAUACUGGAACAACAACGACGUAAUUUUCUUCGUUCAUUACUUUUUUGCUAUCAUUUCCGCGUCUUGUUCUCUGUUGAACAUAAUGGCCCUCUCGAUCGUCCGCUAUUUUGCCGUCCAAAAGCCAUUUGAGAGUCAAAACAUCAUUAAUAAGAGGAACGUAAAAAUCAGCAUAGCCGUUAUUUGGGGCAUUGCAAUUCACUUUGCUCUUCUUCCUAUUGCGGGAUGGAGAGACAAAACAUUUCAGUUAUACUUAUAUGGUUUAGGAUGUAUCGUACCCACUGUUGUCUUCACGGCUUCAUAUUUCAUGUUCUACCGUGCAAUACGCAAACGCACAGCCAUGAUCCAACACAUUGGGACGGAGGAGAAAAGUCAACUUUCGAGAAACACAAUUCGUAUUGAGAAAAAAGCGACACGAACAGUCUUAAUGGUCCUUGUGGUUUUCUGGGUCUUAUGGAUCCCUUUUCUCAUUUGUGAUUUUGCUGUCGUUCAAUGUUCAAACUGCAGACCCUCCGCAUUUCGCCUCGUCCGCGACAUUACUCUCUCCUUGGUUUACUUUAGUAGCGGAAUAAAUCCACUGAUCUAUGCGUGGCGAAUAAAGGCAUACAGAAGAGCUUUUCUGCGAGUCUUGGGCUUUAAGGUGCUUUCCCUAAGGGCGUCUGGAAAAGCCGAAAACCGAAAUCUGGAAGAGGUACAGGAAUAGAAACAGGAACAGGAAGAGGGAACCGGAAUAGGAACCGCAAUGAAAAGAGGAACCUAUAUAAAGACAGGGACAACAUUUAUCUUAAUUUAAGUUAAUUUGGAUUUAAUUCUUAUUCAGAUAUAGAGGAAAAAUAAGGGGAAAAAGGGAAUUGAAACAGUGUAUAGAAAUAUGAGAAGAAAAAGAAAUAAUCAUUGAAAAGCCAGAGAAAAAAGAAACAAGAAAACACUCUUAAUCUUGAAAUGUGAAUCUAAUCAAUAUAACCUUUCUUUAUCUUUACCCAGUGACACAUUGCGUUUUCGUGUCAAACAUAAUAGCGAACUUAAGUAACCAGAACGCUGACCGUCGCGGACUUCAUGAAUAGCAACCAGAAAUUCAGUGUUGCUCUUGAUGGAACGCUUCUGUUUCACACAACAAAUCCUUUUACCUUCCACUGUAGAAUUUGAUGAGUCAGAGCACUAAAAGACAGAAAAUAUCCACUUCCGGUUUCCAUUUUUAACGUCCUGGACGUCAACGUUUUCGUUGCUUAAGGUCCUUAUUGCAAUCGGUUGAAUAAAGCUUGGAGGUAGUGCAAUUUAUCUAUGUAGCAAACCUGAAGUGUAUGGCAGCCCAAUAAACGUCUCUGAUGGGUAUCUCGUUUACACAUGGUCUGACAAAUAAUGUUAAUAUGUAAUAACCUCCUUCCUGCGAGAGACAGAAGGAACCUUAAGAUCUGACAACGGCAAAGCCAGCGAAGACACCACUGAGAAAUUGAAUUCGGGUCCUAAUUCAAACUAUUGCUCAUCCAAAUUGUCCAGUCUUUUAAAGGUUGGAAAUGAAGCUGGAGACCGCGUCCGAGAUCAGAUACGUUCUCAAGAGAACUUUAUAGGAUUUGAUCAUUUCAGGUUGUAGUUGUGCACUUGCAAAGCUGUGGCUUUUUACUUAUUAAAGUUGCUGCUCUUUUGACCCUCUGGUUGCCGUAAUAUAUAAAAAUUCAGGGGAACAUGAUACCAGGCUAGUUCUCUUAUUUUUCAUAUAAAAUGAAUUAGAAUUAAAAUAAAUUAAGGUAAAUGAUGUCCCUGUUCUGGUAUCGGUUCCCCUUUACAUUACUGUUCCUUCCUCCGUUUCCGGUUCCUGUUCACAUUCCCGUUCCUAUUCCGGAUUCCGGUUUCCUGCUUUUCCAGACGCCCUUUCAGUAAAGAUGAAAACUUCUGAGGUUUCUAGUUUCUCUAGGAAUGAAAUCGAUUCAAGCAGGAAAAUGUCGAAAAUCGAAGAGUUAGCAGUGAAAAAAAGGUCAACGGCCAAUGACAGCACCUACCGAGUAGAUGCUGAGAGUAAUAUAAAUGCUGAGGAAGAAACCCCAGGUAUACUGAGUAACGGCUGAGUGUUGUGUCACUACUAUGUGAGCGGUCUGAUGUCUCAUUUCCAGUUGCCAGAUACCACUCCACCAAAUGAUCUAGCUAAUAAUUGUGGCAGCUAUUUUGAAGAGAAGACUGUUCGCAUUAUAAUUAACUAGGGGUAAUCGGAGCUUAGGAGAGUGCGUUCGAUAUGUUUGCUAGACUUACAGAACCACAAAGGACUGCAAAGGACCGCAAACGAAUAUGCCGAAGAACGUAGAAUCUAUAAAGACCUGAUGAGCAAAAAUGAAAAGUAGACGUAGUAUGAUCAGCAUUGCAGUAUUAUGCUUGCAGAAUUUAAUAUGUGUACAGGUAGCAGUUGAAGUGAAAGGGUGGAUGGUUCUUGCGAUAGAUAACUAUGAUUAUGGCAUAUUUUGAACGUAAGGGUGCGUACAGCGAAACCUCGAUUUAAACUGUGUAUUAUAAUGAAAAGGCUUUGAAGACUAGUGAUCAGCGUGAUAUCGUGUGGUUCGUCUUAAGUGCUUGUUAUUUGAGGAGACACUGACCAGAGUGCUUCGGGCGUGUAAAAAGAACUUUUUGUUUUACUGGCGCAAUAGAUGUCCUGCUGGGCACAGUUGUUCGAAGGCCGAUCAGUGCUUAACCCGGGUUUCUUUCUCUUUUGUUGAAAAACAUUUCUUUGGAUAAUUUUCUCAGUUAUUUUUAAGAGCGUCCAAUCAUCAACUUGUUGGCAAAACAUAAAGUCGGGUCGCGAGUUCGAUUCUCGCCCGGUGCAUGAAAAUUUCCUUUGUCCCGGGCGAGCAUGGUUUCUCCUCCUUCCGAGUUGAAAAUGUUCACUAGAAGUGUAUGUGUGCCGCUCACUAGUGUAUCAUUAAAAUUAAUAAAAAUGGAAAUAAAAUUAAUUUACGCAACCACGAGUUCGUGAGAAAAAAACAAAAGUCCAGCUGCCACUUAGUAUAGAAGUUGAUCUUUGACUCUUCCUUGAGGACCCUAGAUACUCGGCAAUGAAUGCCUCAAAAUCUUAGCUAAUCUUACGAUGCCUCUUAUUACACCAACUUGGUUGUACUUUCAUGGUAGUCUGGAUUGGUAGCAUCAGGAGCCAAUUAAAUUAUCGGCUCCUGGUAGCGUAGUACAUACUCAGAGAUGAGACCACGGCUCAGUUGGUCGCCCACACAGGGUUACAAAAAACGAAUUACGAGCGGUUACAACUACAGGGCUUUGACUAGGAAAAGACGGCCAUCUAUGGGAGCUGGUUGCUUUCGUGGGGUGCCGAUCAUGAAGGACAGUCCGCUAUGACUGUAAUCUCUUGCACUGAUUUCACAAGAAGAAAGCCCUAUAGUGACGAGCUUGUGAAGUAUCAUUUUUAAACGUUCUAGCAAAGUGUAAAUAUUUGCCAAUUUAUAAAAACAAAAACCGGUUAAAAGUACGUGGGAGGCACGGACAUAUAACAUGUCGCUCGAUGACAUUUUCUGUUUCCUUUGUUGACCUUUGUUGUGCGGCAAAAACACAGUAAUUAAGAGUAAAGCGAUAUGUCCUCUUGCGAGGACAUAUCGUACCCUUGGGCGGAAACAGUAGUUUUUUUUCAGAAUUGAUGUAAUUCGAAAAUUCUGGUCAUGAAGGCUGAGAACAACAUUCAGUCAUAUGACCAGAUAAUGAUAUAGCCUGAGUAUCAGGCCUUCCUAAGGGGCUAGGGGAGAGGAGAUUUUAGAUGGGGAAGGGGGGAGGGGGAGAAGAGAAAGGAAGUUUCUCUCCUUCAGCUCUCUCCCUUUUUCGCUUCCAUCUUUUCUUUUUUCCCCAGAAACGACCCAGAAACGCCUGAUACUCUGGCUAACAAUGAUGAGACGUAAGUGCUUCCCUAGGUAUGAAAACAUAUUUAAAAAAUAACCAUGACUUGACCGUUGAAUUGAGGCUUGUGCUAAGCUAGCCUGCGUAACAAGCGUUUCCGUGCUGUUUCGCAGCAAAGAACGAGGAGCGAGAGUCAAAGAACGCACGAAAAAUGACGCGAGUAAGCGGUAGGGGGUGGCUCUUUUUGGCUCACGUUUCAUUUCUUGCACGGCCAAAUCCGAAAAUCCCAUUACUCGGUCUUUCUUUGCUCCGAAAACAAACGGAAACGCUUGUUACGCAGGCUAGUGCUAAGCUGGUUUACGAAAAGAAGCUAUUUUAAUCACUUCUUUUCGUAAACGCAGAACAAAAAGUAUCGUGUGAGUUUUAGAAUAGCAAACACAAUUUGCCUUCCGACUGAAAUGUUUUAGACUUGAAUCCGAGUUUGUCUUUUGAUAUGCAAAAACAAUUGAAACACAAAAUGAUUUGAAAAUUAUUUUAUAAGUUAAGUCUUUGUUUAUCAAAGGGAAUAUUACGAAUAUUAUGUCUAGUAACUGAUAUGAGAAAUAUAACACGAUGCCGUGGGUUAUACGUAUACAGUUAAGAAUGCUUGGAAGUAUAGAUUUCUGAAGACUAAAAAUUGUCGUCAUAGAAAAGGCUCCGUGACGAAAUCGAUCGACUUAACGAAACGUUUUCCCAUCAUCUGUUAAACUGCUAAGUUUUACUCAUAGAUUGAACUGAAAUUAAUUAAUUAUUGUACUAUUGAUCUCUUAGUUUUUGGAAGUGAGCACUACCAAGAUAGAUGAUCCUAUGAGGUCAUCGACCCUUGAGUCCGCAAUUUUAAUUGGUAUUUGAAUAAUGAUAUUCAUUCCCACCCCUGAGGCUAAUAUUCUGCAUGACAUUUGUUGUGGUUGCUUUGAAACCCUUACGCAGACAGUGAGCCAUUUUCUAAACUAUAGCGGAACAGCUAAAUACGGAUUGACUAGACACUGUGGGCUACUUGAAAACAUCUACUAGAUCUAUCUACUGGUUCUGAAAACAAGGAAAAAAACUCUGGAGGCAACAAAAGCCAUAAACGUUGACCUCAUAAUGUCAGCAUCACAUACGAUGUUCUUUGAUGAAUACUGGUUCCAGACAAGUCUCGCGGGUAUCAUUGUAUACUCAGUUGUGUCUCUGUUCACAAUUUCCGUGAACCUUCUUUUGUGCGUUGCCUAUUGGAGGGAUCCUUUUCGCGAGCUUCAAGCUGUUCAAAACUACUACAUAUUGAAUUUAGGACUUGCGGAUCUCAUCAUGGGCGUCCUUUCGGAGCCUCUGCUGAUAGCCACAUACUGGAACGGCAACAAUGUAAUUUUCUUCGUUCAUUACUUAUUUGCUAUCAUUUCAGCUUCUUGUUCUCUGUUGAACAUAAUGGCCCUCUCGAUCGUCCGCUAUUUUGCCGUCCAAAAGCCAUUUGAGAGUCAAAACAUCAUUAAUAAGAGGAACGUAAAAAUUAGCAUAGCCGUUAUUUGGGGCAUUGCAAUUCACUUUGCUCUUCUUCCUAUUGCGGGAUGGAGAGACAAAACAUUUCAGUUAUAUUUAUAUGGUUUAGGAUGUGUCGUACCCACUGUUGUCUUCACGGCCGCUUAUUUCAUGGUCUACCGUGCAAUACGCAAACAUACAGCCAUGAUCAAACACAUCGGGACAGAGAAAAAAAGUCAACUUUUGAGAAACACAAUUCGUAUUGAGAAAAAAGCGACACGAACUGUCUUAAUGGUCCUUGUGGUUUUAUUGGUCUUAUGGAUCCCAUUUCUCAUUUGUGAUGUUGCUGUCGUUCAAUGUUCAAACUGCAGAACCUACGCAUUUCGCCUCGCCCGCGACAUUACUCUCUCCUUGGUUUACUUUAGUAGCGGAAUAAAUCCACUGAUCUAUGCGUGGCGAAUAAAGGCAUACAGAAGAGCUUUUCUGCGAAUCUUGGGCUUUAAGGUGGUUUCGGCAAAGGAGAAAACUUCUGGGGGUUCUAGUUUCUCUAGGAAUGAAAUCAAUUCAAGCAGGAAAAUGUCCAAAAUCGAAGAGUUGGCAGUGAAAACAAGGUCAACUGCCAAUGACAGCACCUACAGUAGUUGA